CUAAGACCGAGUUAGAUUGGGCAUCUCUAGUUUUGAUUUGAGGUUAUAUUACGAAUUUCAUCGAAAAGUUGGAUUUGUUAAUUAAUUUAUGAUUGAAAGCAAUAAAAAAUUAUUUGGUUAAAGUAUUUCUCUCAAAAUGGCUACUAUAUCCUCCGCUCCUGCUCCAGGCAUGCAACAGAUUGAUUUAUCCAAGUUGAAUCUCCAUCAGUUGGCGCAACUAAAACAACAGCUAGAUCAAGAACUCAAUGUAUUUCAAGAUUCUCUUCAGACUCUUAAAUUGGCACAGGGUAAAUUUGUGGAGUCUGGUGAAAGCGUAGAAAAAAUUACUCCACAGACAAAAGGAAAAACAGUGCUGGUACCACUUACAGGAUCCAUGUAUGUCCCUGGGACUAUAGUAGACACAGAUAAUGUUAUCAUUGAUAUUGGCACAGGAUAUUAUGCUCAAAAAGAUAUUGAAGGUGGUAAAGAUUUUUUUAAAAGGAAAGUGGAAUUUGUAACAGAGCAAAUGGAAAAAAUUCAAGCCCUUGCUGUAGAGAAAUCUAAAGCUCGGGAGGCAAUUUGUAUGAUGCUUGAAAUGAAACUACAGGCGCAGAAACCUUCGACAUCAUAACAUGAAAUAAUGAUUAAUACUAAUGAUAUGGAGAACUGCCAUUACAGAUACAAUAGAAUAAUUAAAGUUUGUAUGUUUGAUUAUGAGAUAUGACUGAACUAUCAUUUUAUAGAUCUCUUAAAAUAUAUAAGCCUAUUUAAUUUUAAAUAGGAAAGAUAAGAAUUUUAUUGAUAGUUGGUGGAAAAUAAUUCUAUUGUAUUUUGAUGCACUUGAAACUUUUCUAUAGUUUAUUCUUAGGGCAAGAAAAAGGGCUGGUGUUGACCUAAAGUAUUAUGUAAGCUUUAUAAGUUAAUAAUAAGAAACAUUACACCUCAAUAUCAUCUGCAAAGUGUUGUAUGUGGUGGGGCAACCUAAGAUUAUCUGGGCAACAAAACAU